AUGAAUUCUUCAACGGUAAACGCCCGCCAAAGGCGCAUCAUCCAAUUAUCGCAGCAAUGGGGCUUCUCUCUUCCCCCCAACGCUCCAGCACCACUUAGCCGACCAGCUCAUCCAACAUCAUUCCGGACACAUGGCGACGAUGAAGUCGCCGAAGGCCUUUUGCAUAGGCGAUCCGCCGAAGUAGCUCAAUUGCGACCUAAGAGUGGCCUCUCAAGAGCUUUCUCGUCUAGCAAUCUAAAAAAGGGCAAGCACUGGGAUACCAAAGAGAUAUUGAAUGUCUUGAAUUCUUGGGUCGAUAGUUCAGGCUCACCCGGUGUUGCCGAGGCUCUGAUUGCCAAAUUGGCUGCUGCAGGCGUUGAUCUUAGUGGCAUGCAAACACAAAAGCAGGGCCUGCUGAAUAGACGGAAAAGCGUUGAAAACGGCCUCGAUCGCACUCGCCUACUGAAAUCCGCCAUCGAACGAGACCAGCAUGACAUGGUCCACGUUCUCAUACCGCAUGCCGACCCGUUGACCCUCGAUAGCUGUCUUCCACCGGCCGUAAGAACACGAAAUCCGCGAAUUGUCGAGACUUUGUUGAGGUACGGAGCAAGCGCGUCAGCAACUGCUGAAGGUCAGGAUGAAUUCCGCAAAGCUUGCGCUAUUCCAGCCUUGUCAGAGAUCGCCUCACUCAUUCUAAGAUCCGAUGGACGACCGUCGGAAAUAUGCGUAUCACAAGCACUAACAGACGCCUCGAGAGCACAAUGUUUCGACACUGUCUUACAUUUGAGUCGCUCAACAGCGGACUGCAACUACAACAAUGCCGAGGCGCUAAAGAUUGCUAUCAACAACGAGCGACGAGAUAUCGCCAUGGCCAUUGCGACAGGAAACAAGCCACCUCAGAACCCGGGUCUUGCCGAGGCUUUCCAACAGCUCAUGGAGAAUACGAAUAUGAACCCAAAGUCAAAACUCGACUUUGCUGAGCUAUUGCUUUGCUGUGGUGCCCAAGGACCCAUACUGGAGCGAUCUCUCGAGAUGGCUUGUGACUCUCAAUUCUUUGAGAUGGCCGACCUUUUGGCUCGCUACGGUGCCUCGAUAGAACAUAAUGAUGCUUCCGCUUUGAAGGCUGCGAUAUCGAAAGGUCAGGUUAACCUUGUUAGUUCUCUCCUCAACGGAUCGUCCAAAAUAGAUCCUGCACUGGCAUCAAGCUGCGUCCCUCUGAUCCCCCAACAAGCGGACCCUGGGAUGCGGCAGGCAUUGCUUUAUUCACUGUUGAAGACAGGUGCCAAUGGACCUGUUCUGAAUGACUGUCUCAUUCAUGCUGCCAAAGCUGGUGACCUUCAGUCAGUUGAGCUUCUCCUCAACCCCCACUUUCGCGAACCACCGAGCGAACAGCCAAAUGGUCAUGGAAAGCCGCGCAUUAGUAACCGUCACGCUGUGGCAUCGCCUGAUCACCAAGAUGGAGAAGCCUUGCGCUACGCGAUUUCUGCAGGAAAUGCAGACCUGGCUGCCAAGAUCCUUACCGCAAGGCCCUCGAACGAGACACUUACCGCAAUAUUCCCUCUAGUCAAGAGCCUACCUAGUUCAGAACGGUAUCGUAUGAUUGAGUUGUUCUUACGGGGAGCCUUGACCGGUCCCGCUCUGCACAUUGCUUUGCAAGAUGCAAUCAGCGAGGAUCCUUCUCAGAGAGACGAUGCACUUAUCAGUCUUUUACUCAAGUACGGCGCAGAUAUCAACUAUGACGAAGGUGUUGGACUUCACAAUGUUAUCACUCAGAUGGACCUUGGGUUGUUCAAUACCUUGAUGCAAAGUGCAUCGCCUCAAACAGCAGCGGCACGUCUCGCCGAUGUUAUGAAGAUCGAGAAUCGCCAAGUGCGAUAUGAGAUGAUGUCGGUACUAUUCAAAGCGCGCGCAAGUGUUGGUGUACAGCAGGUGGCAGAGGCACUUCUUAUUACUCUUGAAGAAAGAUCUGUAGAUAUGCCUUUGCUUCGUCUUAUCUUGCAACAGGGAAAAGCAGACAUAAACGGUUGCAAAGGACAGAUUCUGCAAAGGGCGACACAGAGCCCUGACCACAAGGUUUUGGAGUUGAUCCUCGGUCUUGGUAAACACGGCCCAGACACGAUACCGAAUUGUAUUGAUAGUUUGGGUGCUCUUUCGCCAACCGACAGCAAGGCAUGGAAGCUUGGUGUGAUUAUAGCCAAGUCGCCCAAGAAAAUCAACCUGGACAAUCUCUUGGUGCAGGAAGUCCAGGCUAUUGUUCAGGAUGAGACAGGCCAAGCCUCGUUUGCAAUGCUGAACAAGCUUCUAGACUCUGGUGCGGAUCCCAACAAUUACAAAGCCAGAGCACUGUGUUCUGCCGUUGGUGCAGCUCGGGAAACGGUAGUCGAUGUUUUGAUGGUUUGUCAAAAGCCACCAACAUCUGCAUCUCUAGCUGCUGCGCUUCCCCAAGCUUUGAAAAUCCCAGACCCGAUGAAUCGACUGACCUUUACCAAAACCAUAGUGGAAGCCAGAGCCCCGCCUCAGGAAGUCAACAGGGCUCUGAUCCAUGCCAUAAACAACUUCAUUUCUGAUAUUGCUCUGAUUGGUGUUUUGGCCGGUUUUGCAGAUGCCUCUGAUGGGGAGGCUCUCGCACUGGCUGUUUCCAAAGAGGCGCCUGAAAUCCUUGAUCUUUUGCUUUCACGUGUCAAGCAUUCUUCCGAGAGCAGAGAUUCUUGCCUGGAGAAAGCAAUGAAGAUUACUGACUGGACGUGCAGGCUUCAAAUUUGCAAACGCUUGGCAAAGGCGGGAAUUACACCUCAAGCCGCCUCGAAUGCUCUUCUUGUCGCAGCGCGAGACGGAGACUUGGAACUUGGAGAUGUACUGAUUGCUUAUGGAGCCAGUAUAUCUACCAAUGACGGCCAAGCUAUCAUCGAGGCAUGCCGUGGAGGUUCUGUCGAAGUUCUUGAUGUACUGCUCAAGUCCAACGCCGAUACCGAAAAGUCGACUCUGGGACGAGGUUUCCAGGCUGCUACAGAAGUUGGCGAUUUGAACAAAAGAGCCAUGAUAUUUCAGCGACUGUUGAAGAGGGGUGUCUCUGGAGAUGUUGUGAACAUCCAGCUUGUUUCGGCCGCCAAGUCUGGUGAGAAUGGGCAUGAGGUGCUGCGUGUACUGUUGGCGGCGGGCGCGGAUCCCAAUUUCAACAACGGCGAGGCGGUCUUUGCGGCCACGAGAAGUGCAUUCGUCAGUGGCCUUGAGUUGCUUUUAGGCUUGUGGCACGAAGGCGGCAAUCAGAAAAAGGCAUCCCCUCCGACUUUGAUACGGGCUCUCAAGGCCUGCUGGAAGUUGAACCCAGACACCAGGCUAGACAUCAUCAAAGACUUGUUCAGAGCAGGCAUACCGAUUGUGGAAGAAGUUCACAUGGCCUUGAGCAGAGCUGUCGGAGAGGACGAGCCAGAUGAGCGACUAAUAAAGGUCUUGCUUGACUCUGGAGCAUCGCCACUUAUGAAUGGUUGCUGUGCGCUGACUCGAGCCGUGCAAGGCGCCAAGGUGUCAUCUGUUGAAUUGAUCUUGACUUGCGAAUUCGCCGAAGAUGAUAUACUCACUGCAUUUUCAAGUGGAUUCUCGGAUGCCCUGUUUACCACUUGGUUCUCUGCGAAUGGUCUUGCUGUCGCAAAAAUGCUUCUCGCUACGGGCGCCAAAGGAGAGAGUGUAAGCUGUGCGCUUGUGCAAGUCAUGAAGGGAAGCACAGACGAAACAGAAUCCUUGGCUGAUGCGUUUGUCGAACUUUUUGUUUCUUACGGUGCCAAUGUUGAUUUUGAAGAUGGGCAGCCUCUGGUAUGUGCAGCUUCAAAGGGUAACGCCUUUUGGACAGAAAGGUUGCUUAGCUGCAAACCGUCGCCACGGACUCUUACGCUGGCUUUUGAACGCGUGUUUGACACCGCACGCUCACCCGACGAGGUAUUGAAGCUGUUUGAACUCUUCUCAGGAUAUAGGGAUGGAGAAGUUGGACUCGAUGUCAUGACACGGACCGCAGGGUCUGACCCCAUUCUUGUCAGGGCGAUUUCUCAGUACCCACGGUCGGCAGAGCUGUUGCAGGUCUUGUUGGAUGCUGGUUUCUAUCACGACCAGACUACAACAUGCCACAUUCACGAAAGUGUGGAUGAGCCUGAAGAAGUAACGGUCCUGCUUUGGGCAAUUGCUCAGCCCCAAAAGAAGGUCAGCUCGGCAUUGAUCAAGAUGUUGAUCGAACGUGGUGCCAACGUCAACUUUGAGACAGCAGUCAGUCGAUCUACACCACUCAUGUUGGCCAUCCAAGCUCGCCGACCCGACAUUGUGAAAGAACUGCUCAUCGAAGGCGCUAACGUCGAUAUCACCGAUGCUAUGGGCCGAACGCCUCUGGCGAUGGCGACUGACAUCGGGGGUGAUCUCUCGACUCGCAUGAUGGGUAAUUUGCUUGCAAUUGACCAGUCAAAGGACGAUGGAUCCCUGCACAACGCUGCAAGAGAACUCAAUCUGGCGGCUGUCACAGUUCUGGUGGAACAUGGGCACCAUCCCGACUUUCCCAGUCCACUACAUGAUGGAAGAUCUGCUCUGGGAGAAGUUUGUCUCCGCGGUGCGGGCGCUUGUUCAGGAAAACUCACUGCGGAUGGAGAAAAGCUUAUGCAGAAAGUCAUGACCUUUUUGAUUGACUCUGGGUCAGACAUCAGCCUGCAGUCGCAUGGGAAAUCUGCACUACUGCUCUGUUUUGAAUCCAGCGACCCUAUUGCGACGACCCGAAGCUUCCUCAAGGUGGCCAUGUGGAAGGAGAUUAACAGGCCAUUCAACCAAUACUCUGACGGCGACUUUACUUAUUCACCAACCAUGUACGUCAAGAAAGUGAUGCCCGAGUCGGACACUCGGGAUCAGCUUCUUACACUCCUCCGAGCGAACCGAGCAGUGGAUGUAUACUACGCCAACUCUGGUGACCAGCCUGAAGAUGCAAUCGGCUUGCCCAGUGAUAUGCUUGUUCAGGAACGCGAGCGAAAAGCCAGAUUACGACGCCUAGCUCUUGAGACCGAAGACCACGCAAUCGCACUUGCUCGAGCAAAGGAAGUCGCGAGCGUCGAGAGAGAGAUCUGGAACAACAAGGCAGAGAUUGAGGAUGCCCGUCGCCGCAGAUUGUACAGUGAGGAUAUCAACGCGGCGCGACAAAAGGCCGAUCUAGAAGAGUCGCUUUUCAACGCCGCAUUAAAGAGACGUCUUUCAGAGCAGCACAAGCUGACACAGUCAAGCCUAGAGCGCACAAAGUUGAUUGCUGCAGCUGAAAUCACGGCCGAGGAGACGCGUCAACAAAAGAUGCUUGAAUGGGAGUCUACCAUGAACUCGGAACGGGCAAGCAAUGCCCAGGCGCUCAGCAGCUUGCGGAUCAGCGAACGGGAGGAACUAGAUCGAAUUGAGAGAGGUGCAGACGACAGGAUCAAGAAGAGACUGGAGGCACAAAAGAAGUUGGUGGAAACUCAAGAGAGGCUAGCAAAACGGAUCGGAAAUGUACCGGGCGGACCGGAUGCCAGGAGGCAGAUUGGAUACGUGGAGGAAGUUAACUAA